AUGGAUGUCACCUCAUCAGGUGCGAGGGCACCAGAGCCAGACCGCCUCCUGCAGAGCAUAAAGCGGCAGACGGUCCCUACAGCGUGCCACAAUUGCAGAACCAAGAAGGUCAAAUGCGAUGGACGCCUACCGUGCGCUUACUGUGCACGCCGAUCACUCGAAUGCUCAUACGAGAGCACCCUGCCCAGCGAGACACCACAACAAGCACGCAAGCGAAGGCAUCAGGAGCUAGCGCAGACAAAUGAAGACUUAAAGCAGCUCUACGAUGUUCUUGCUGGAGAAGAUGAAGCCAAAGCUAUAGAGAUCUUCCAGCGCAUACGCCGAGGGGACGAUGUCGACUCGCUCCUAGCCUUCAUCCAGCAUGGCUCCAUCAAUCAAGCCACUUCGACAGCACUUGACGAAGUACCACGCCGACUCUUUCUGUUCAACCUGGUCGAAUCGACAGCCUCGCUGGAGGAAGUGGCAAGCACUUCCCGUUCGGUAAUCACAAAUAAACGCAUCGCAUUACCCUCUCUAGAAUCAUAUGAGCACCUGCAAGACAAGAUCGUCACUCUUGACCACAUGAGCGGCAUAUUGACUGAAGCGAAUCCAGGGGCUGCUAUUGAAGAUGGGGCGCCAGUCUUUGAAGAAGAGGAGAAUGUCGGUCCGCCAUAUUGGGUGCCGGCGCAACCAUGGCUUGACGACACGAGUGAUCAAGAUGCGUCCCACUUGAUAUCUGUUUUCUUCUCCUACCCAAAUAUCUGCUGGCGUUUUGUGGAAGUGAAGCCAUUCUUGAAGGCUAUGCGCAGUAAAGACACCAAAUCACGAUACUGUUCGCCAUUAUUGGUUAACGCGAUGAUGUCACUGGCAACUUUGAAUGCAAAUAUCGACCAGGAACCGACCGGCGCUGUGGAGAAGCAGAAGUCAGAAGUUGGUGCAAUGUAUCACAAAAAAGCUCUGCAGUUGUGGGCGAGAGCGGCGUCCGAACCAAGUGCAACAAACAUUCAAGGGCUUUCAAUACUGGCCGUGGACAGUAUCAUUCGUGGCCAAGACCGGCAAGGACUUGACCUGCUGAAUGCAGCCUGCGCAUUGAACGGCAGACUGCAUGUACCAGCGCGAGAUGGUACACUGGGCAAAGACGAUCAGGAAUAUUACCGAAUUCGAGGCUGCAUCUGGUGGAUGACUGUGCAUUUGGAAUUGACAUGCAAAAUGGGCCUUAUGCUUGGUGGUAAUGGUACGGAUUGGAGCCGUGCGCCUGAAGUGCACGAAGUGCUACCAGACGCCGUGUACUACUGGACAGGCUACCCCUUCCGUACCGAACCGAUACCGUUUCGUGCCAAUUCGCUAUUCGCACAGCAAUGCCGAUUGACACGAUACUUAUGGGAGGCUACAAAUAUUUUGAUCUGGCAAGCCAACGAACUCGACGCACAUCGUGAGCAUGCGACAGUGGUCCGCAAACUGUCAGCGCAGUUGAAACAGUGGCAUGAGAGUCUGCCCCAGGAGCUGGACUUCGGCGCAAAGACUCCACCAAGCAUCUACGAUCUACACGUUCAAUAUCACUGCGUUCAGAUGGCGAUUCAUGAACGCACUUUCAUGCAAAUGUUCGGUCCGAUGCGCGACAGAGUACGAGACGCUGAAGAUUUGACGGGCCCAGAGAAUGAACAAACGAAGGCUUUCCUGCGAGCACAGGUUCUGCAGCAUUGCUAUCACGGCGCGUCGCUCAUUCGGACUUUCCGUGAGGAAUACGGGCUAAAGUGUGUCUCGUUUGUGCUUCUGAAUCAUUCUAUGAUGGGUGUCUUCAUAUGCCUCAACGACAUGCACGCGAAUCCCCAAAGAAUGGACAGCCGCGCAGGAAGCCAACACGGGCCGGUACAAGACACCAUUUCCGCACUGGAGGAGUUCUUCCGAAUACUGCUGGCAACAAGUCGGAAAUGGAAGCUAUCUCGCGGACUGGCCCGGAGUUUCUAUCACACUGCUGUGGAGGAGUUACACGUCAGCUUACCAGAUUCGAUUUCUGAGAUGAUACGGAUGAUGGCUGGUAGCUCCUGGCAAGGCUCAGAUCUGCAGCAAUUGAGCGCUGCAAUCUACCCAAAUUGGAGUAUGCCCUACGUGCGCAACACGAAUCACGUCGAGGACUACAGGAUGGGAGAUAUGUUGAAGAAGUGGGAACAAUGUAGUGCGCCACAGUUUGGUGUUGACUCGUCUCAGCAUAGCUCGAUGCAUUCGCGAAAGAGCUCAUCGAGCGGUACGACUAGUUAUGAUCCUGUGCGCGAUCGAUGA